AGUUUUGAAGUAGUUCAGGUUAUCCAUGAAAAACUUCUGGAUAUGGUGGGGAAAGCUCAAGUUCCUAUUAUGUUGGUGGGAAAUAAGAACGACCUGCACAUGGAAAGGGUGAUCAGCUGUGAGGAAGGGAAGUCACUAGCAGAAUCAUGGAACGCUGCCUUCAUGGAAUCCUCAGCUAAAGAGAACCAGGUGAAAACACCUAGAACACAUGUCCAUCCAAUAGAACAGGGCCUGGAGGCACAACAAAAACACUUCUGACGGCGGUGGAGGUGUUCAAGCGGAUGAUCCUGGAGGCGGAGAAGCUGGAAGGCGGCGUCCAACCAGGGAAGACUUCCUGCUCCUUGAUGUAGAGCUGCUGAUCAAUCAGAACAGAGAACCAAACACUACACUGGGAUAUCCAGUUACUUGAAGGCUUCCUGCCAGUACAACUACUACUCUUCCAACAUUCUUCAACAGUCUUCGAACAGUCUUCCAACAGUCUUCCAACAGUCUUCCAACAGUCUUCAACAGUCUUCAACAGUCUUCAACAGUCUUCAACAGUCUUCAACAGUCUUCAGUCUUCCACUGUCUUCCACUGUCUUCAACAGUCUUCAACAGUCUUCAACUGUCUUCAACUGUCUUCAACAGUCUUCCAACUGUCUUCAACAGUCUUCAACAGUCUUCCAACUGUCUUCAACAGUCUUCCAACUGUCUUCAACAGUCUCCAACAGUCUUCCACAGUCUUCAACAGUCUUCAACCGUCUUCAACUGUCUUCAACCGUCUUCAACUGUCUUCAACAGUCUUCCAACUGUCUUCAACAGUCUUCAACAGUCUUCCAACUGUCUUCAACAGUCUUCAACUGUCUUCAACAGUCUUCCAACUGUCUUCAACAGUCUUCAACUGUCUUCAACUGUCUUCCAACUGUCUUCAACAGUCUUUCAACUGUUUUCAACUGUCAACUCACCAACAGUUUAUUUUUCAGUAUUUCUGUUUGUUCUGAAAGGGUGAGUGGCUGUCAUACUGUACAUUUCCCACAAUCCACUUCUCGUCUCUUCUGUGCUCAGCCCUGAUGCGAAACUGAGAGCCACGUCCAGAAAUAACCCCUAGACCCUACAACCUUACCCCCCCCCCCCCUAGUCACUUCUCUUAGCCCCUAGCAUCCAGGGGGUGGGGUUUAGGGUCUGUUUCUGUAACCUUGUUUGACCAUCCUGAUCUUGCAAAAGUACAGCGGUCAGGAUGGUAGAUCAGACUACUGUUUCUCAUAAAGACAUCAGAAACUAUGUCUGGCUUCUCACAUGGGGCUGCACAGGUGUCCAUUCUGGCUUCAUGGUGGACGGGUGACUAUGGAAGAUCAGAGAUGUUCAACCUCCUCAUAUUAGAGAUGCUAUGAAGACCGAACAUUCCCUUCUAUUGAAUUGUGUUUUUUUUUUUAUAUAUAUUUUUUUAAACAAUGGUUGUUUUUAUCAUCUUUUCUCUAUCCAUGUCAUUAGUCCACUGUGUCACCAGGGUGGAGCUAGCAUGCUAUGGUUGUUUUAUUGUCUUUUCUCUAUCCAUGUCAUUAGUCCACUGUGUCACCAGGGUGGAGCUAGCAUGCUAUGGUUGUUUUAUUGUCUUUUCUCUAUCCAUGGCAUUAGUCCACUGUGUCACCAGGGUGGAGCUAGCAUGCUAUGGUUGUUUUAUUGUCUUUUCUCUAUCCAUGGCAUUAGUCCACUGUGUCACCAGGGUGGAGCUAGCAUGCUAUGGUUGUUUUAUUGUCUUUUCUCUAUCCAUGGCAUUAGUCCACUGUGUCACCAGGGUGGAGCUAGCAUGCUAUGGUUGUUUUAUUGUCUUUUCUCUAUCCAUGGCAUUAGUCCACUGUGUCACCAGGGUGGAGCUAGCAUGCUAUGGUUGUUUUAUUGUCUUUUCUCUAUCCAUGGCAUUAGUCCACUGUGUCACCAGGGUGGAGCUAGCAUGCUAUGGUUGUUUUAUUGUCUUUUCUCUAUCCAUGUCAUUAGUCCACUGUGUCACCAGGGUGGAGCUAGCAUGCUAUGGUUGUUUUAUUGUCUUUUCUCUAUCCAUGGCAUUAGUCCACUGUGUCACCAGGGUGGAGCUAGCAUGCUAUGGUUGUUUUAUUGUCUUUUCUCUAUCCAUGGCAUUAGUCCACUGUGUCACCAGGGUGGAGCUAGCAUGCUAUGGUUGUUUUAUUGUCUUUUCUCUAUCCAUGUCAUUAGUCCACUGUGUCACCAGGGUGGAGCUAGCAUGCUAUGGUUGUUUUAAUCGUCUUUUCUCUAUCCAUGGCAUUAGUCCACUGUGUCACCAGGGUGGAGCUAGCAUGCUAUGGUUGUUUUAUUGUCUUUUCUCUAUCCAUGUCAUUAGUCCACUGUGUCACCAGGGUGGAGCUAGCAUGCUAUGGUUGUUUUAAUCGUCUUUUCUCUAUCCAUGGCAUUAGUCCACUGUGUCACCAGGGUGGAGCUAGCAUGCUAUGGUUGUUUUAAUCGUCUUUUCUCUAUCCAUGGCAUUAGUCCACUGUGUCACCAGGGUGGAGCUAGCAUGCUAUGGUUGUUUUAUUGUCUUUUCUCUAUCCAUGGCAUUAGUCCACUGUGUCACCAGGGUGGAGCUAGCAUGCUAUGGUUGUUUUAAUCGUCUUUUCUCUAUCCAUGGCAUUAGUCCACUGUGUCACCAGGGUGGAGCUAGCAUGCUAUGGUUGUUUUAAUCGUCUUUUCUCUAUCCAUGGCAUUAGUCCACUGUGUCACCAGGGUGGAGCUAGCAUGCUAUGGUUGUUUUAAUCGUCUUUUCUCUAUCCAUGGCAUUAGUCCACUGUGUCACCAGGGUGGAGCUAGCAUGCUAUGGUUGUUUUAAUCGUCUUUUCUCUAUCCAUGGCAUUAGUCCACGGUGUCACCAGGGUGGAGCUAGCAUGCUAUGGUUGUUUUAAUCGUCUUUUCUCUAUCCAUGGCAUUAGUCCACUGUGUCACCAGGGUGGAGCUAGCAUGCUAUGGUUGUUUUAUUGUCUUUUCUCUAUCCAUGGCAUUAGUCCACUGUGUCACCAGGGUGGAGCUAGCAUGCUAUGGUUGUUUUAAUCGUCUUUUCUCUAUCCAUGGCAUUAGUCCACUGUGUCACCAGGGUGGAGCUAGCAUGCUAUGGUUGUUUUUAAGCAUACUAAGCUGUUCAUUUUAGUGUAUUGUUUCAAAGGAAACAAACACUCAUUAGGAUCAGGUGUGGUUAAUUAGUGGGCGUGGCCAACACACCUGACCACGCUUAACAAGAUACAGGAGCGAGAGUUGUGUUGAUGCAGAGAACGGAAUGUAUGUUUUUAAAUAACUUUAGUAACGUUGAGAGAAUGUUUUCUGUGGUUUUUUAUGGAACUUUUGGAACAAUUUGAAAACAUGACUUUAAAUCAAAUCCACGAGGAAACCUGUGGGAAACGUUAUGCUGAAGCGCUGAAAUUCCCACAGAAGAACGUUGUUUCUUACCGUUCUCUGAACUAUUUUAAAAUGUCAAACCAGUUGCAGAACGUUUCUAGAUCAUUUACCAAAAUUGAAAUGAAAUGUAACCAUGUUUGACAUUUUAGGAAGCGUUCUGUUAAAGUAAUGAAAUACCAAGAACAUUUCAUUUUCGAAAGUUAGAUAAUUGUGCUGAGAAUGUUCCAAAGCCAAUCAACUACCCUACACCGUUCCCAGAACGUUGUGAGAAGGUUGUAUGCAAAAUAACCAUAGGACAACCGCACUCUCACCAAGCACUAAGAAACGUUCUCAGAACGUCGUGUGCUAGCUGGGCUCUGUCAUUGUUGUCAUUGUCAAUCCGUACAUCACUAAAACUUUUAUAGGAAAUCUUCCAGUAAACUUCAGAGAGAAUCCUAACUUCCUUAAGUCAAAUAUUCAUCUCGUCUCCCAUUGACAUCAACGCAUGAAUAAGUGAACAUUCAAUUUAUGUGAAAGUUAAUAUUUGUUCUUUGGUCAUUUCUGAUGCAUUAGUAGCUGUUCAUCUGUCCCUCUUAUCCCUCUAGCUCUUUCUAUAUCUACUUCAUUUUCAGUCAGAUGUGUCCCCCCCCCAUAGCUGUUCAUCUGUCCCUCUUAUCCCUCUAGCUCUUUCUAUAUCUACUUCAUUUUCAGUCAGAUGUGUGUCCCCCCCAUAGCUGUUCAUCUGUCCCUCUUAUCCCUCUAGCUCUUUCUAUAUCUACUUCAUUUUCAGUCAGAUGUGUGUCCCCCCCCAUAGCUGUUCAUCUGUCCCUCUUAUCCCUCUAGCUCUUUCUAUAUCUACUUCAUUUUCAGUCAGAUGUGUGUCCCCCCCAUAGCUGUUCAUCUGUCCCUCUUAUCCCUCUAGCUCUUUCUAUAUCUACUUCAUUUUCAGUCAGAUGUGUCCCCCAUAGCUGUUCAUCUGUCCCUCUUAUCCCUCUAGCUCUUUCUAUAUCUACUUCAUUUUCAGUCAGAUGUGCCCCCCCCCAUAGCUGUUCAUCUGUCCCUCUUAUCCCUCUAGCUCUUUCUACAUCUACUUCAUUUUCAGUCAGAUGUGUGUCCCCCCAUAGCUGUUCAUCUGUCCCUCUUAUCCCUCUAGCUCUUUCUUUAUCUACUUCAUUUUCAGUCAGAUGUGUGUGUCCCCCCCAUAGCUGUUCAUCUGUCCCUCUUAUCCCUCUAGCUCUUUCUAUAUCUACUUCAUUUUCAGUCAGAUGUGUGUCCCCCCCAUAGCUGUUCAUCUGUCCCUCUUAUCCCUCUAGCUCUUUCUAUAUCUACUUCAUUUUCAGUCAGAUGUGUGUCCCCCCCAUAGCUGUUCAUCUGUCCCUCUUAUCCCUCUAGCUCUUUCUAUAUCUACUUCAUUUUCAGUCAGAUGUGUCCCCCCCCCCCAUAGCUGUUCAUCUGUCCCUCUUAUCCCUCUAGCUCUUUCUAUAUCUACUUCAUUUUCAGUCAGAUGUGCCAGCCCCCCCCCCCCCCAUAGCUGUUCAUCUGUCCCUCUUAUCCCUCUAGCUCUUUCUACAUCUACUUCAUUUUCAGUCAGAUGUGUGUCCCCCCAUAGCUGUUCAUCUGUCCCUCUUAUCCCUCUAGCUCUUUCUUUAUCUACUUCAUUUUCAGUCAGAUGUGUGUGUCCCCCCCCCAUAGCUGUUCAUCUGUCCCUCUUAUCCCUCUAGCUCUUUCUUUAUCUACUUCAUUUUCAGUCAGAUGUGUGUCCCCCCCAUAGCUGUUCAUCUGUCCCUCUUAUCCCUCUAGCUCUUUCUUUAUCUACUUCAUUUUCAGUCAGAUGUGU